AUGAUUAGGCAAGCAAAUACUCGCUUUGCGACUGCGUUUUUGACAUUGAGGAGCUUCCAAUUGCAAAAGCAGAAUUUGAAUAACAUGUUCAGUUCUGAAAAAUGGAAUAAGAGCAAGUUUGCAAAGAAGAAGCAAGCUAUGAAUCGUGCAAAGGAGCAAACAACAGUUGCAUUUUCCCAUGUUGAGGAUAUAUACAAAGAUUUCUAUGACAUUAUAGAUAAGAGAUGGGAUGUUCAACUUCAUCAACCUCUACAUGCAACCGACUAUUUUUUGAAUCCCGAGUUUUUCUAUAACGAUCCAGAUGAGAUGGCUCAAGUUGUGGAAGACAUAGAAGGAUUCUAUGAUUCAAUUACAAAAUUGACCAAUUCUAAUGGCAUAGAAGAUGAAAUACUUAAGGAGUUGGUUAUUUACAAAAAAGUAGAUGAAAUUUUUUCUAUACCGGCUGCAAAAAUGGAAAGAACUCUGAUCUCGCUGGCUGAAUGGUGGGGGUUAUAUGGGGCAUCAACACCUAACCUACAAAAAUUAGCUAUCAAGAUUUUAAGUCUGACUUGUAGCUCAUCGGGUUGUGAACGCAAUUAG